GACAGUCAGGUUUUAUCACUUUAUGUUUCCCGACUGUCGCCAGAAGAGAAUAGACUUGAAUACAGAGAGGAAGCAGACACAGAAAGAUAAACAGAGACACGCUCACGUAUUUCAGAGAAGUUUUGUGAAGUUUCAAGUUUUGUGAAGUUUAUAUUGUACAUUGCCUUUGCAAGAAUGGGGCUAUGCUGCUCUGAGACCAAGGAGAAAUCGUUUGGGAUGCUUACGCACUGGAAACAGUUCAAGAGGAUGUUGAACCGGGAGCUGACGCAACUGUCGGAGAUGAGUCGCUCCGGCAACCAGGUGUCAGAGUUCAUCUCCAACACCUUCCUUGACAAGCAGAAUGAGUUGGAGUUACCGUGCCCCAUGGCCAAGACCAGAGAGUGGAAGAAGAGGCCCCACCACCAGACCCAGCUGGAGGGUCAGGGGACCUUGACCCAGAUCAGCGGGGUCCGGAAGCUCAGCCAUUCCACUGGGCUCCAAGGCAGCAGCAUCAGCCGCUUUGGGGUCAAGACAGAUCAGGAGGACCUGCUGUCUAAGGACCUUGAGAACAUCAACAAGUGGGGUUUGAACAUCUUCAGGGUGGCUGAGCACUCCCACAACCGCCCGCUGACAUGCACCAUGUACACCAUCUUCCAGGAGCGAGACCUGAUGAAUACGUUUAAAAUCCCUGCGGACACCUUCGUGACCUUCAUGAUGACCCUGGAGGCCCACUACCACUCAGACGUAGAAUACCACAACAGCCUCCACGCUGCAGACGUGGCCCAGUCCACACACAUCCUGCUCUCUACACCUGCUCUGGAUGCCGUCUUCACGGAUCUGGAGAUCUUGGCGGCCGUCUUUGCGGCAGCCAUCCAUGACGUGGAUCACCCUGGGGUCUCCAACCAGUUCCUCAUCAACACCAACUCAGAGCUGGCCCUGAUGUACAACGAUGAGUCUGUCCUGGAGAACCACCACCUGGCUGUGGGCUUCAAGCUGCUGCAGGAAGACAACUGUGACAUCUUCCAGAACCUGACCAAGAAAGAACGCCAAUCCCUCCGCAGGAUGGUCAUAGACAUGGUACUGGCCACUGACAUGUCUAAACACAUGAGCCUGCUGGCUGACCUGAAGACCAUGGUGGAGACCAAGAAGGUGACCAGCUCUGGAGUGCUGCUGCUGGACAACUACACAGACAAAAUACAGGUGAUGCGUAACAUGGUUCAUUGUGCUGACCUCAGUAACCCCACUAAGUCUCUGGACCUGUACCGUCAGUGGACCGACCGCAUCAUGAACGAGUUCUCCCACCAGGGAGACCGCGAGAGGGAGAAAGGCAUGGAGAUCAGCCCCAUGUGUGACAAGCAUACGGCUUCAGUGGAGAAGAGCCAGGUGGGUUUCAUAGACUACAUCGUCCACCCGCUGUGGGAGACGUGGGCCGACCUGGUGCACCCGGACGCCCAGGACAUACUGGACACCCUGGAGGACAACAGGAACUGGUACCAGAGCAUGAUCCCUCAGAGGCCUUCUCCCCCCUUCUGCACCGGUGACGGAGAGGGGGACAGAGAGGGAGGACACAGGUUCCAGUUUGAGCUGACGCUAGAUGACGAACAGGAUGGAGAGAUGGGAGUGGAGGAGGGCGAGAGAGGGACGGAAGAGGGGUGGUCGCCAGUUGACCAGGGCGGAGUGUAGAUGAACACACGUGGGGCUUCCCCCACAUAAUGAGCCGUGACCUGUUAUCUUCAUAAAUGGAAGCACCGGUUUUAGGUUGUGUUCCACAUCUUGUUUUACUGCAGUGGAGGAAUCCUGCAAUCUGGCUCUUUGGCGUUGCUCUGCUUAUGCACUAGGGCCUGACUGGCUUUGGGCCCAUGCAGAAGAGGGUGGGGAACCACAACACUUGAUUUGGGAGCACUCAGGAAGAAGAGUAUGAAGAGUUGAAGAGUGAUGCCUUGAAGGAGUCCUGUUGAAAAUGCUAGUGUGUGACAAAAGUACCGUAUCUUGGUUUUUGGUAGCCAGAUAAUACAAUCUUUGUUCUGACAAAUACUGAAGAUGAAACUAAGCUUGGCGAAGAGACUCUGUUGCGUUCAAUUGGGACAAGAUGAAAUACUUGCACUUCAGAGCGAUCUUUGUUCUUCGUGACUAUUUUCGAGUACAUGUUUUGUUUUGUAACAGGAUGGCAUGUUGCCGAGUAGCAUCCGAUGUUCAAACUAGUGAUCCACAGGUGUUUAUAACAAACAACAUCUACCCUUUUUGUGACAAGUGUUUAAAGACUUUUGUGUGCCUUUUUUUUUACGACAGGGUAUUUUGGACGUGAUUUUAUAAUUUAUUGAACAGGUUUGAACAUACAGUCUUCCUGAUGUCUAAGGGUAGGAAGGGAGUGUUUAAACUAAAGAGUCAAUAAAUCUACUAAUGAGAGGUUCUUCGUUAACACCCAA